GCCUUCAGCAAUGGCAUUAACAAUUUAAAGGCAUUUUAUCAACAGAAUAUUCUGACCAUAUCAAGUAAUCUCGAGUUUUUGUAUCCGUUUCCUUGUCAAUAUGUCGAUGGACAAUCAACUGUAAGAUUUAGCUAUAUAGAACCUUUAAAAGUAGACAGUGUGAAACACUGGAAGGCACGUAAUACUGAGGGGAAGGAUAUUGUCAUCAAGUUCACCCAGCGUUAUAACGAGGCAGCCCAUAAGCUAUGUGUUACGAAGAGUAUGGCACCUCAACUACUCUAUGUCGGUAAGGAGGUGUAUGGAUGGUGUAUGGUGGUAAUGGAGUAUAUUGAUGGGGUAACGCUUAGUCAAGCAAAUCUCACCCGGAAUGUUUAUCUGGAAGUCCUUGAAAAAGUCGAAGAAGCCAUAAAGAUACUUCAUGAAAACAACAUCGUCUUCGGUGAUCUACGCCCUCCAAAUAUAAUGGUUCAGCAAAACCGGAGUAACCCUUACGUUAAAUUGAUAGAUUUUGAUUGGGCGGGGCGUGAUCAGGUAGAUUGUUAUCCCCCUUUUAUGAAUCAUGUGCACAUAAAGUGGCCCGAAGGAGCCAGUGAUGGAAAGAUACUACAGAGGGAGCAUGACCUCGCUAUGUUGAAAUAUUUGAAAGAUAAUGCGGAUCAGCUCAACAC